CGUUCUAGAAUUCUCUUCUUUUAAAAAAAAAAAAUUCUGUCUGAUCAGUUUGUGUGAAUCCUAUUUUUUGCUUGAUGAUUGAAAAACUUAAGACAAAAAUCAUAAACAAAUACAUGUUGAAGGAGAUCUAGUUCCGAAGGAGAUCACAGAAAAAUGGUGAAAGCAGUGGCUGUCCUUAGCAGCAGUGAAGGUGUUAGUGGAACUGUUUUCUUCACUCAAGAGGGAGAUGGCCCAACUACAGUGACGGGGAACAUUUCUGGUCUUAAGCCUGGCCUCCAUGGGUUCCAUGUUCAUGCCCUAGGGGACACAACAAAUGGUUGCAUGUCAACAGGACCUCACUUCAAUCCUGCUGGAAAAGAGCAUGGUGCUCCUGAAGAUGUGAAUCGCCAUGCUGGUGAUCUAGGAAAUGUCACUGUUGGUGCUGAUGGCUCUGCGAGUUUCUCUAUUGUCGACAAACAGAUUCCUCUCUCUGGGCCACACUCCAUUAUUGGAAGAGCUGUCGUUGUCCAUGCUGAUCCGGAUGACCUUGGCAAGGGGGGGCAUGAGCUUAGCAAAAGCACCGGAAAUGCUGGUGGUAGAGUAGCUUGCGGUAUUAUCGGUCUGCAAGGGUGAAAUUUCAGUCCUGGUGAGCGGGAAUAAUACAUUGAGUGGAGAUGCAAUGGCCUAGGAGCAAACUCUGUAUGUGAACUAGGAAGUUUGUGAAUAAAAGUAAAAGAACCCUUGUUUUGUGUUGGUUUUCAGACUUAAAGGAGUGUGGUCUCUUAACGGAUGCUUCAGCCAUUUAUAGUAAGCUGUCUUUUGCUGAAUGGUUAAUUUUGGAGCUUUACUUCCUGGUAAGGGUCUCAUGAUUCAUGAAUGCUUCAAGCCAUUUUCAUGGUUAAUUUUGCAUGAAACCCAUCUUUUAUCUUUGUAAUUUGACUAUAAAGUCGACAAUAUUUGGAGUUUGGGUUUGAAUUUUAGCAUAGCAACCACCUACCUUUACAGUAUUGUGUGACCUUCAAUUCAACGUUUGAAGUUUUGUUUGACGGUUUGAACUUUGAAUUUCGAACGUAGGAUUUUACUUUUGGUCCAA